AGAUAUUUGAAGCUCUCCGACAACAAUCUUCCACUGUACUUGGAAAGUUACAGUUCGAAAGCUUUUUCUUAGAUCAAAAUAUUCACCGUUACAUCGGUAUUCUUGCAUUUUGUAACUCAAAAUCAAUACAUUUUAUUAGUCUAGGUUCAUUUAAUGUUCGAUCAUCCGCCGGUGCAGUAGUGUUUUCUUUAAAUGUUUUUUAAUAGUUGCAACGUUUUGUAUUUUCGUUUUUAAAUUAAAUAAAGAAAUUGUCCAUUUUUGCAAUGCCAAACAAAAAAAACGUAACUUUUGAAGAUGGUUUCAUCGAAUUUGAGGACUCUUCCUCUCCAGCGACCUCCCAGGAAUCCAAUUCUGGUGGCGAAGAAGAAGAGGACGAGGAAUUAGAGGAGUCCAAUGCUGAAGAAUCUGACUCUGGUGAACAUCCUUCCGAUUCUGAAGCAGCCAAUCAUCCAUAUCCUACUCCGCCACCCGAUGAGGGUUCGAAAUUGCCAAAUGGCAAGGAAAAAUCCAAACAGAAAACGAAAGGCUCCGUUCUCUCGUUGGCCACAAUGGCCAUCGAAAAGCUGGCCAGUCGAUCUGGAUCCUCCGUAAAAGCUAUCAUUAAAUAUCUCAAAUCGGAGGGCUAUCAGUGGGACGAAGAGAAGCGCUUCAGCCGUCUUCUGACUAGUGCUCUCAAAAAGGGCGUGGCAAAUGGGCAGUUCGAGCAGGUGAAAAUGUCCUUCAAAAUUUCCGAGCAGGCCAAGAAAACCUCCAAGGCAGUGGAGAAAAUGAAAGCUAAGAAGCAAAAGGAGAAAGAGGCGGCGAAGGAUAAGGAAAUGAAGGCUAAAAAGAAGGAAAUGGAGAAAGAAAAGAAGAAAAAGGCCAAAGAGGCCGAAAAAGAGAGGGCAAAGGUCACUAAAGCCAAGGAAAAGCAACAUCCAGCCAAAAAAACCGAGCGAAAAACAAAACAACCCUCCAAGAAAGCAAUGGCUCAAGAGGGAGCCAACACAGCUCCGCCGAAAGCGAAGGGGGCCGCCCUGGAGGCAAUACAGGCUGUCUUGGAAACUCCAAAAUCAGCUCCACCUGCCCCGAGAAGCAAGACUGCCAGGUCCAAGGUGGAAGUAUCCAGCGCUGGGAAAUCAAAGAAAAAGCCCCGAAAAUCCAUUGGAUCCCUUGCGCAGACAAAGAGUUCAAAGCCAAGUGUGAAGGCGGUCAAGAAGCUGGUAUCCGCCAAAGCUCCACACGAGGCUGAUGAAUCAACGGCGAAUAUAGUUGAUGCCCAGGCCACGUCCACUCCACAAGUUGCUCCACCAAAGGGAAAGCGCAUGCGUAAAGUUUGAUGCAAUCUUGGAACUUCAAAUUUAUUUGUUUUUAUUACUGUUUUAUGUAUUUAAAUUCGAUGUUAAUGUUAAAAUAUAUUUUAUUCUGGUUUAA